AUGACAAAAUCAGAGCAAAAAAUACCAGAGAGUUGGGAAAAGCGGAUCACUCUCGAACCUAAGCAGCUUCUUCAAGAAACUCGUGGGAUUAUCAGUGCGUCGGGUUUUCAAAAACUCGACCAAACAUAUUGUUUGGGCGUUCUUUUAUUCCACUCAAGACUUUUAUUGUUCCAUACAACGGAUAAGACGUAUGAACCUAUGAAGUCAAUUCCCACUAUUGGCAAUAUGUAUAACCCACAGAAUAGGUACGAAGAAGUCUUACUCUCGCUUAACUUCAUCGAAGUCAUUGUGAAGGAUAAGGACAUCUUGAAAUUGGCUCAAACACCAAUCUUCGUGUAUUCUGUGUUGGUAUACACACAUUGCCAUAUGGAAACUUUACUCAUCAGACUCUUCGAAAGGUUAGUAGUCCCUCUCUCGCAGCCGAUUGAUAGAUGGGUGUCCUUCGCGCUGUUGAUGGUCUCGUCUUCUUUCACCUCACAGGCUCUUCCAAUCAUUUCCACACUCACAACUCGCCCAGUUUGUUGGCACCUCUUCCCAUCUCUAAAGUGCUCCUUUAUCAUUCGUUAUUCUGUCAAAAUCGAUCUCACUCGCUCAUUUCCGACGACGUUCCUCCACUCUAUCGGCAGAGGGAUAGCAGAGUCGGCCGGUAACCAGCCGAUAACAGCUCUUACAGACUUACUUCCAUUAGUCAAAUCAUCGUCUUUAGCUCGAUAUCAUGUCGCGUUGUUAUACGCCGAAUUACGAAAGCCACAAAUAGCAUUGAAAGUCCUUCGACCGCUGUUGUCGGUCCCCCUUCCGAGUAUGGCGACAUAUAGACUUGCAGUGCUUAUAUUGACUUCAAUGAAACAAAUAGACGUCGCCCUUUCGACGUUGAAGGUUGCGAAGCAGAGAUAUCCAAAUGACGUUUUUCUGCGAGUGUGUCAACUCCGACUUCAACCAACUCUUAAAAAUCUCGAGGAGACCUUUUCAAGUUUCAAGUUUGACGUAUUCGACCAAACUAAAAUGUUACCAUCAAUUUUACCAUCCGUCGGGUCCGAUGCAAUGUCUAGUGGAAGAGUCAGCAUUUCGGGAACUGCAGCUUCGGGACUUUCUGCUAUGAGUUUUGUGCAAUCCAAGUUAUAUUUCACCGAUAAAAUCUCGGCAUUUUCUAUUAUCGGUAAAACCUUCCCGGCUUCUCUGUGGAAAGAAGCCGCUAUAAUUUUUGAGAAGGAACAUAUGAAGGAAGAUUUGCGGUUGGCGUUAGAGGAGGGUAUAAGGGUCAGUUCUUAUGAACAUUCAAUAGAACUGGAUAAAAUGAAUGGUUUGGAACCAGUUAUUCCGUCAGACUUUGAGAUUUUAAGAACGGAACUUGUAGAGGAAAUUGACGUUAUGGGGAAAAUGGAUCUUCUUGAGCGAGCAAAAAAAGACGGGAACGAAAAAGCCAUUUUGGAGAUUGCGAAGGAAAACCUCAAAAAACUCGACAAAAACGCGUGUCAAAACGAAAUUCUCAAUCUCGAUCUGUACCUCUCAAAACAACCGUUUGACGGAACAGCAUGGGAGUUAAUGGGAAGCGUUUUUGAGUUUUUGGAACAAAAUGAAAAGGCACAAGACUGCUAUGAAAUUGCUAUAAAACUCAAUGACACAAAGCCGGUGUUGCCUUUUUCAUGUAUUGAAAAGAAUGCUUCAUUAUUUUAA